GUCUCCUUGCUGUAAUGGGCAUUGAAGGAGUUGAUGGACGUAAUACAAAGAGCAAUCAUAUAAUGGAGGUGCAGCAAACUCUAGGCAUUGAAGCAUCAAGGGUCUCUAUAAUUGAUGAAAUUAAUUAUACCAUGUCAAGUCAUGGAAUGACAAUAGACUUGCGGCACAUGAUGCUUCUUGCAGAUCUGAUGACAUAUAAGGGUGAAGUCCUGGGAAUAACUAGACACGGUGUCCAGAAAAUGAAAGAUAGCGUACUGAUGCUAGCUUCAUUUGAGAAGACAACCGACCACCUGUUUAAUGCAUCUGUAAAUGGAAGGGAUGAUAAGAUAGAAGGAGUAACCAAAUGUAUCAUCAUGGGCAUACCAAUGACGAUAGGCACUGGGGUGUUUAAACUUCGGCAAUGGUAUUUGUUUGACUCUUAGCAUGACAUUUUAUUCUUUAACCUUAAUAAUAUCCUCUAUGUGCGUCGUAAUUAU